AUGACAACGGACAUCGAACGAGAGCCAAAUGGCACUCCCAUGCGGGAAGUUCCCCAACUUGAGAUUAUCGAGUUUACUGGCCCAGACGAUCCCUCCCACCCACAUAACUGGGCCUUACGACACCGCGUUUGGGUCAGCUUCAUGCUGGCGAUAUUCAAUCUCGUGGUCACCAUUUCAAGCAGUAUCUUCGGCACUGCUCAGAAAAACGUUGCGGAGGAAUUCGGCAUCAGUGAUGAGGUGACAGUGCUUGGUACAUCCUUAUUUCUCGUGGGCUACAUUAUCGGGCCGCUGAUAUUUGGACCGUUGUCGGAGAGAGUUGGCCGAAAAUAUCCCUUGAUUGCGGGGGUCACGAUAUCUUCUCUAUUUGGUUUGAUGGCGGCUUUGAGUCAAAACAUGGCGACAUUGUUGAUUGGGCGCUUUUUGGCUGGAUUAUUUGGAGUUGCGCCUAUUGCCAUACUCGGAGGAAUUAUCACGGACUGUUGGAAUGCUGUCCAUCGGGGUAUCGCAAUGGCAUUGUGCAUCUGUUUGGUCUUUUCGGGUCCUACAUUUGGCCCAGUCAUUGGCAGCUUCAUUGUCGAAAGCUCUAUUGGCUGGAGGUGGACCAUGUGGGUUGUGAUUAUUGCGGGCCUGGCGAUUUCUCUGCUUGCCCUAAUAACAUACCCCGAAACACAUCCACCCAGCAUUCUUCAUAGAAACGCAAAACGUCUUCGCAAAGAAACGGGAAACAAAAACAUGCGUUCCAAGUUAGAGGUGGAAGGCGCUUCGAUUGGUGUUUUGGCACGGAUUUACCUGAUACGUCCCUGGGUUUUAUUUUUUACGGAGCCCAUUUUGGUACUACUGACACUCUAUCAAUCCUACAUCUAUGGGUUGAUGUACCUGUUUUAUCAGUCAUAUCCUAUUGCAUUUAGUGAGGUACGUGGCUGGAGCAGUGACCUCGCCUCACUACCUCUUCUGGGAAUCAUUAUCGGGGUUCUAGUUGGUACAGCGGUUGUAGUGAUUUACACUAUGACAUACUUCAGAGGAAAAAUCAAUGCCCGAGGCGGCAAAACCGAGCCUGAAGACCGUUUGCCUUUAAUGAUCUUCGGUGGGUGUCUUGUUCCUAUCGGACUCUUUUGGUAUGGAUGGACAUCGAGCCCGUAUAUUCCAUGGCCAAGCCAAGUUUGCUCAGGCAUACUAAUCGGAUGGGGCAUGUAUACAAUCUUCACCCAAUGCUUCAUCUACAUUGUGGAUUGCUACACGGAGACUGCCAACAGUGCUAUGGCGGCGAAUGGCGUUGUUCGCAGCAUAUUCGGGGCAGUCUUCCCUCUUUUCGCCAAUUACAUGUUCCACAACCUCGGCGUAGAUUGGGCGGCAACCUUAGUUGCGUUUCUGAGCUUGAUCAUGAUUCCAGUACCCGUCAUAUUCUGGCGCUACGGGGCUCGUAUACGGGCUCGAACAGUGGCAAAGAGAUCGGAUAUGUAA